AUGAAAUCUCGUCUUUUUGUAAAACAAGUCCUCCCAGUCAAUUUUUCAGAAAAUUAUGCACUAUUCUUAUCAAUUCUGGUAAUACUGAUUUCAACUGGAAUUGCUGCUCAAUCGACUAACUCUACAGUAUUCAGUGUUCGAUAUUCAAAAAUUCUGAACAGAAACUUCUACAUUGAAAUCAUCAUGGUGUUAUUCUAUUUACACUUCUUUCCUGUACUCUUAACCAUUUUUUUUGCCGCUAUAAUCCAUCAUUAUAAAAUGGAACCGAUGAAAAAUGAGUUGAAGACAAAAAGAAAAGAAAUCAAGGAAGCAAUUGAGAAAAUCAAUGAAGCAGUAAAUGGGAAACCUGUGAUGAAGAAUGGUAUAAAGGAUAGUCUAGAAGAGGAAUUUGAUUGUAUCGAGGGUCCGAUAGGAAUGGAUCUUGAGGCGACUACGGCUGAAAAGAUUACGCCCAAGAAUUCAACGCCAGCAGCAGCAGCUUCAAAAAUGGCUCCAAGAAAAGUUCCAGAAAUUUCUCCCGUCGAUUACAAGUACAAGAAUAAUGGUCCGAUAAAAUUCCAAACUCAAAACACCAGAUAUUUUCAUAUAAGUCUUCAAAAUUUUGAAAAUCCUAAGCUUUGGAUAAACGCUAAAUUUCAGUUGGAACCUGAUCAGAAAGCAUGCAAAGAAGUGAACAUUGAAAAAGUGAAAUGGGAUGAGGGACCAAUCGAAUUCUAUGAAACUGGAUUGGAUGUGGAUAAGACUGAGAUCCAUACUCCAAAAGUUCUCAGUUCAUCUAAACUCACUGCUUCCGCCAAAUAA